UUCCCAGCCCUCCCAGUUUCUUCACCAAGGUGCUGAACCAGACCUGCGUGCAGGUGUACUGGGAGCUGCCAAGCAAACCAGGAAAGGUUGAAGGUUUCAGACUGGAGUAUCGAGGGAUCUCCAGUCCAGAUCUUCAGGGACAGGAGACCUUCCCAGGACACAUCAACACACACACCAUAUCUCACCUGGAGCUAGCAGCGGUUUAUGAAAUCCAGUUGGUGGCGUUUAAUGGUAACGGAGAUAGUGCCUCCACUCGUCGCCUGGUGUCUCUGUCAGAGGGCGGAGCCUCUGCUGCAGGUGGUCCGAGCUGUAACUGUGAUCAGGCCAAAGGCUCCAUGUCCACCCUGCUCAUCGGGGUUCACAGCAGCCUCGCCUGCAUCCUCUGCUGCCUGCUGCUGGUGCUGCUGGGCUACAGACGCAGAUUCUUCUGCAGGAAGGAGGCCAGCUGGGAGGCCUCGCCCACCCUCUGUGGUGUCAGAGGUCCUAAAGGUCAAACACCUGAAAGCAUCGAGCUGAGCCAGAGAUGUGACUCCUCCCCUCCUGUGAUGGUCAUGGUUGAGCCGUCUCCACCUGUCGCUCCCUGAACAGGAACCAAAUAAACCUCCAAGCCUAUCACCUCCCCCUGCCCUCCUCUCCUCCUCCUGGCUGAUUCCACAGAGGACUGAAACCUUCACAGCACCUCUCAGAAAUCCACCUGCAUCAAGUCAAGUCCAGAUUUUUCUGAAACCAAAGCUGCUUUGAUCCGAUUCGAUCCAGGGUGAUCCGAUCUGAUCCUGAACCUGGCAGCUCCAGGUCACAUGACCCCAGCUGUCCUCUGUGGUAUCAGAUGUCACUUCCUGCUGACACCACAGAUGUUUUUCCAGUUUCCUGAAAAAGUAUUUCCCCACCCCCACACCCCCAGACAGACCAUGGACUCACCUGUCGAUCCGUAAAGCCUGUACUCUGGUCAGCAGAGGAGAUGCCUCUCCUCAGGUCCCCCCCGCCCCCCCAAAGAGCACUACCUCGGGCUGGAAGCCUUCAGCCUCCUGCUGCUGCUCAGACCAACCUACCUCAGAACCAGAAGCUUCUCUGGAGCUGGCUCAAUGUUGUCCUGAUGACCUCUGACCUCAUCCUUUACCUGUUCAAGGUUUUCUCAGAGAGAAGCUGAACCUGGACUCUGGACUGACCCUCCUUCCAGCAGUUUUCCAGAUCUGACCCAAAACCUCUUCAGGACUGAAGUUCCUCUUAGACCUGGAUCUGAAACCCUGAUCUAGAACUCUACAAAGUUCUGCAGGCAGUCCCAAAGCCUUUUAUAAAUCUGUUCAUCUGCAGACCAUGAGAUCAGUUAGUUGGACUUUGAUGGUCCAUGAAGCUCCUGCAGACCACACAGAUUAAAAACCUUCUAAUGCUCCUAGCUUUAACUUCCAAAACCGUUUUCUGAAACUGAUCCACCACAGGGUUAUCCAAGAACCCUGUAAGCACAAAGUCCUGAAACUAGCUGGGAUCUGGACUUUAUCAGACCACAAACCUGAUCCAAGUCCACCAGAGCCUUGUAGAGUCUGGGUCCUGAGACUCCCUGGAAACCUGAUGGAAGGACAUGUUGACCUACAGAGUCCAGCCACCUGAGACACAAACAGGUGAAUUGUUUGGACACGCCCCUUUCUGUCUGACUUUACAUGAAGGUUUGAUGUUUAUUUUGGCGGGUGCAGAAACAAAAAGUUUCUCUUGUUUUAUUUUGGUGAGCUGAGUCAAGUCCUGUUACCUCAACCGUCUUCCUGCAGGGAAACAGCAGCUUCUUUUAGCCAAAUACUCCUGAAACUGACGUCCAAAGAAAACGUUUUCAUUCUGUUUGUUUUCACUUUGUUUCCUGUUCAGAGUCGAAGAACAAACAAAACCAAAAGAAGUUCUCGUCACGUUUAAUAUUUCAGAAUUUUUGAAGAAGUGAAGAUACUUUCACAAGUCUAAGAUGAAGUUUCACCAAAAGAUGAAACCCAAAAACCAAAACUUCAGAUGUUUGUAGAACCACAGGGGGCCUGUGAGUUCCCUUUGUGUGGUUGAAAGUCUUUACAGUACCCCUCCCCCUGAGGACACUCACCUCUCCAGUUUAAAUCACAGACUGUAGUUUUACCCUCCGGUUUUUGUGGAGAAACUACUUUUAGACCCUGGUUCCUGAUAGGAGAACCUGUUUCAACAAAGAGACCUGUUCAGUCCCACCUGAAUGUCUCUGGAGUGUUCUGAUGUCUCAGAGCACCUUUGGACUUGUCUCAUUGUCUUCCAGUUGUUGAAGGUUGUUUGACCUUCAGAUAUUUGGCUCCGCCCCUUCACUGUCCUCAGGGUCAAGCAUCCCGUCUGUCUGAAGGUCCUCAUUGAUAUUGUUUUGUCUCUAACCCGACCCGAAUGUCUAAACCAGGACAAAGGCUUUCAGAGCAUUUUGUUGAUAUUUUGGCUGUUUUUAAAAGCUUUUUUCUUUUCGUCACUGCUGUUGAAAGACGAAAAUCUGCCAAAAUUCUUCUUCUUUUGAAUAAAUGAUUAUUUUUCUAGUUAGAACCAGUUCCCUCCUCGUUCUCUAUAGUUUGACUUGAUUUUGUUUGUUGUAGCUGAAUAAUGUGAAAAUGUUUUUAGAACUUCAGAUCCAGGUAUUCCAUUGCUUGGUUCAGAACCGUGGACCAGAACUUGAACAGGUUCUGUGGUUCAGAGUUCUGAAGCAGCUGUAGAACCUUAGAGAUGAUAGUGAUUCAAGGCUAGAACCAAUGAGAAAAGCUUUAAUAUUUCAAACAGUUUUAUAUUUUUAGUAACGAGUUCACAGAACAGAAGAGAAACAUGGAGAGAGUUUGAUUUAAAAACACAUUUAAAGAAAUGGUUAGUUUGUUUGAAACACUUUUUGGGGAUAAAUUUUCUGUCAAAUGUUCAAAUGUUUCUGAAAAUUUCUUCUGUUUCAAAACCAAAUAAAGAUGAUUCAAGUAGAAAACAGA